AUGACUACUACCACUGCAACCCGCGACAUCGCCGGACACGUGACACUUCAGGCAGCUCCUCCUGUUUGCGAGCCUUACCAGUAUGGCGACAUGCCCGAGAAGGGGUGGAUAAGGGUGUUGCUGCUUGAGGCCGGUGCGGGGCCCUUGUGUUGCAACCUACGCCUGCAGAGAAUCGAUGAUGUUGAACGGCCCUUUGAGGCGCUCUCUUAUGUCUGGGGCAUCGAUGGACUUGAUCAGAUGCCGGAGAUCGAAUGCGAUGGCAAGAAGUUACGGGUAGGGUCGAAUCUGGCGUCGGCCCUUGCACGUCUGCGCCGCCGAGACAGUUCUCGCGCCAUGUGGGCCGACGCCAUAUGCAUUAAUCAGGCAGACAAGCAAGAGAAGAGCUUGCAAGUGUUGCAGAUGGGCGAUAUCUAUGCUGCGGCCGAGCGCGUGGUUGUCUGGCUUGGUGAUGAUGCCACUCGCGAAGCAGAGGAGUGCUUCAGGUUGAUCGAACGCACGACCGUCACACUCGACGAGAUAAUACAGAUGCACGGCAGCAUUGACGACGUUCCGCCACUUCCUGCCGAUGGCGGGCCGAUCGCAUCUGGGCCGGUCAGGUGGGCUUCAGUCAAGACACUCAUGGCCAAUUCGUACCUGACAAGAACGUGGACUCUCCAAGAGACUGGACUGGCGCAAGCAGCAGUCAUUCAGUGGGGUCACGCGUGCAUGAACUGGGCCUACCUUGUCGAACUCAUGCUUCUGAUUGCAUUACGUUCCGAUAUCCGUGCCCACACCGGCAUACUGAACUCUGGAUUGAUCUGGGACACCUUGGAAGACCUCUGGCGUGUCUACAACAACCCGACGAGCUGGCGGAAUGAGCUGCCGUAUACAAGGUCCUUCAGCCGUCCCGAAAUCCAGCCUAGUUUCGUCAGCAUUCUGAACAAUGGUCGCUAUUUUGGAACCACAGACCCCAGAGACCAUGUCUAUGCUUUUCUCAGCCAUCCAAGCGCGGAUAAUGUGGCUAGAGAUAGCCCCGGUCAGCUACUGACCCCGGACUACAAUGCAUCCGUUGAUCAAGUGUAUCUCGACACUGCUGUUCGGAUACUGGAAACAGAUCCUCAGCCAUGGACGGUCCUCUCGUGCUCAGAUCACGCGCCCGACUCAAAGUCUAUGACGGGACACCGUCCGUCGUGGGUCCCGCGGUGGGACGAAGGAUUCCGUGUCUACUGGCUUGGUUACCCCGAGAUGUGGUACCGUGCGGGCGGACCGGACAGCUCAAGCUUCACAAGCGAAUAUCAUGCCGAGACUUGUUCUUUACAUCUCCGAGGCGUUCUGUUCGACACCAUAACAUGGGCGUCCGAGCCCUAUCUGUCCGAAGAGCUCACGACUGAGCAGCAGUUGACGAACCAACCUCUCCAGCGACUCUGGAACCAGAUCUCACAAACUGCCGGCGUCUCCUACGGCGCUUACGGUUCUACUCCAGAUGAGCAAGAGCACGCCUUCAGCCUCGCCAUCGUUGCAGGGCGAGCCGCGGAUGACUCACCGGCCGAAGACGACAGCCAGCGCCACCGCGCCGUCUUUCACGCAUAUCGGGCACUGAUCACACACGGCGCGCUCGACAGGGACGCGAAGCUGACGAGCGAAGUACACACCAUGUUCGAUAAUCAGAGGCGUGCACUCCACAACCGCAGGUUCUUCCGGACCUCAAAAGGUUACUAUGGAACGGCGCACCGUGCUCUGCAAGUUGGCGAUGUGUGCUGCGUCACGAAGGGGUCGGCGGUGCCGUUCGUCUUGAGGCCUGUCGAUGUGGGGAACGUGGGAGACAGCAAGCGGUUCUUGCUGGUGGGAGAGGCGUAUAUACAGGGCGUCAUGAGAGGACAGGUCUGGGACGGUGACGGUGUGGAAGGCUGGCAAGGGGGUGAGGAAGACCUCGUUCUGGUAUGA